CCUCCCCCGCCCCCAAGGGGGCGGUGCUGAACCCUGACGGAAGUGAGUGGACCGUAGCUGCGGCUUUCCCAUGACAGGGUCUCCGCGCAGGCGCAGUGGCUCGGUAGGCCUGGACGGCAGGGGCUCCUUCGACUUAGUCUCGGAGUGCCGGGUCGUGCCGCCUCGCCCGCCCGCCCGCCCGAUCUCCCGGGUUCUCAGUCAGCCGAGCGAUGCCGCGCUACUGCGCUGCGGUUUGCUGCAAGAAUCGCCGGGGACGGAACGAUAAAGACCGGAAGCUGAGUUUUUACCCCCAGCCUCCUGUUAAUGCUCCUGGGAAGGCGACAGAAGAUGCUCCAAGUGCUUGGGUUCCAGCCACCCAUGUGGGAGACCUAGAUGAAGUUCCAGGAUCCUGACUUCAGCUUGGCGUAGCCCUGGUUUUUGCAAAAAGGGCAUUUGGGAAGUGAACAAGCAGGUUUCCUUUACAUGACAAAGACAGACUUGAAAAGUGGUUAAAGAAUAUGAAACGAGAUUCGUGGGUUCCCAGUAAAUACCAGUUCCUGUGUAGUGACCACUUUACACCAGACUCUCUUGACAUCAGAUGGGGUAUUCGAUAUCUGAAACAGACUGCAGUUCCAACAAUAUUUUCCUUGCCGGAAGACAACGAGGGAAAAGAUCCUUUCAAAAAAAAAUCUCAGAAAAAAAAAUUAGAAAAUGAGAAGGAAGUAUACCUAAAGGCCAAGCCAGAAGAAUCCUUUGCAUCAAAUGUGGCAAACAAAAAUAUGGACACAGGUAUGCUGCCUAAACGUGCAGAACUGCUUGAUUCAUUUGCCUUGGUCACACCAGCUCCAAAAACAGGAACCAUACAAAAUAACUUACCAACUCUUAAUCUAGUUAAACAAGAUACUGAAAAUCCAGAAUCUAUCUUGGAAACAUCAGUUAACCAGAAUACAGAUACAGGUGGUUUUCACACAUCUUUUGAGAAUCUAAAUUCUACAAUUAUUACUUUGACAACUUCAAAUUCAGAAGGUAUUCAGCAGCCUUUGGAAACCCAAGAGGUCCUUGAAAUAACUACCAAUCAUCUUGCUAAUCCAACCCUCAUAAAUAAUUCCAUGGAAAUUAAAUCACAGGAAAGUCCAUUAUUACUCAGUACAAUUAAUCAAACAGUUGAAGAAUUAAACACAAAUAAAGAAUCUGUUAUUGCCAUUUUUGUACCCACAGAAAACUCUAAACUUGCAGUUAAUUCUUUUACACCUGCCCAAAAAGAAAUGGAAAUGGAAGACGUAGAUGUUGAGGACUCCUUAUAUAAAGAUGUAGACUAUGGGACAGAAGUUUUACAGAUUGAGCAUUCUUACUGCAGACAAGACAUGAAUAAGGAACACCUUUGGCAGAAAGUCUCUAAGCUACAUUCAAAGAUAACUCUUCUUGAGCUACAAGAGCAACAAAUGUUAGGAAGAUUGAAAUCUUUAGAAGCUCUUAUAAGGCAGCUAAAACAGGAAAACUGGCUAUCUGAAGAAAAUGUCAAGAUUAUAGAAAACCAUUUCACAACAUACGAAGUUACUAUGAUAUAAAGAAGCUUAAAGCUAUGACUUGUAUAUAAGCUUUUUCCAGCCAAACCAGAAGUUAUAUUAAAGUGCACUUUUUCCUGUAUAAAUUCUAAUACUGAUGAAGCAGUGAAAGUCUUCUGAUAUUAUAAAUGGCAUCUUAUUCUUGUAAUGCUCAGUUUUGAGAAAAAGAGUUGCUGUGCUGGAUGAAAAAAGUUUUUAUCACUUGAUGGUUUUUCCAAAUUAAAUAUAAAAUAUAGUGAAUAAAUGUAAUAGUCAUGGCUGGCACUGUGACGUAGUGGGUAAAGCUGCCGUCUGCAAUGCUGGAAUCCCAUAUGGGCACCAGUUUGAGACCUGGCUGCUCCACUUUCGAUCCAGCUCUCUGCUAUGGCCUGGGCAAGCAGCAGAAGAUGGCCCAAGUGCUUGGGCCCCUGCACCCACAUGGGAGAUCUGGAAGAAGCUCCUGGCUUCAGAUUGACGCAGCUCCGGCCGUUGCAGCCAUCUGGGGAGUGAACCAGUGGAUGAAAGACCUCUUUGUCUCUCUGCCUCUGCAUCUCUGUAACUCUGCCUUUAAAACCUCUUAAAAAAAGUUAACUCAUAAAGAGAGAACAAAGAGCCAAGAGUAGAAGUCAGGUAUGGGAAUUGGUCCUGGUUCUACAAUAGUAUGACUUGGGUAAGUUACUUCUCAAGCUUGAGUGUCAGUCCCUAAACUGUAAAAUACUAGAUCUGUUAAUAGUCUAUUUCUUUAUAGUUCCUUCCCUUACUAUUAAGAUACAUUUAUCAGAUUUUCUAUAAUAUAAAUUAAUAUUGUAGAUAUUAGAGCUUGAUUAAGUGUUGGAAUCCCCUCAAUAUUUAUUUAAUCUGUGUUUUUGACUUUUGGCUAAAAUUAUAAAUCUGUAAUAUAAUGGAUAAUACUACUUUUAUAGUUUUAUUUUAGUUGAACUAAGGAGCCACCCAUUAGCUCAGUUCUUAGGAGAGGUACUAAACUUGAAAGAAUAUUGUAUUUCAGUACCUUGUAAGUUACUGACUAUUAUAAUACAUAGUCAUUUAAAAUUGUAACAACAUCCUGUAUUUAUGGUUAUAUUUAUAAGCCAAAAAUUUUAAUGAAGUUGGUUAAAAAAUAUGUUUUUUAGAAUUCAUAGUUUGUUUCUCGAUAGGUAUAUCUUUUUAAGUGUCUGCUAUCUCAUUUUAAAUUCCAGAAUAAUAGAGUAAUAAUUAAUACUGUAUCUCCCCAUUUAUAUAUAAUUCAUUAAAAUUCACAAGCAAGAAAUUUUAGAUAAGUGAUAAGGACUAUAGGGAGAGAGCGGUAAUGUUUAUAUAAAUAAAACUACUGCUUAUAGGCAUACAACUUAAGAAAAAGGAAUGUAAUAGCAAACUUUGUUGUGAAAACACAGUCUUUAACAGAUUAUAUGUUUCCUGAAAAUUGGCCAUAAAUGUAAUUAAUUGUGUUACUGCCAGUGGUGUUAAGCAAGUUCCUUUCGGUCUGAUUCUUAGUUUUCUCAUCUGUUAACUAGAAAUACUGUUAUCUGUCUUGAAGGAUGAUUUUGAGAAUUUAAUAAGGUAACAUGGUUUGAAAUUAGGAGGUGCUCAAUAAAUAUUGCCUCUGAUUAGUAUAUUAGAGCAAAUAAUAUACUAAUUAACUGCAUGAUGGUUUUUCUUUUUACUAGAUUUCACUUGGUUUCUUCAGGCUAAUAAAAUUAAUUAUAUGAAAGUUUAUUAGCUAAUUAUAAAAAGAUUAGAGGUGUCUAUUAGGUGAUCAUUGGGAGAACAAAAAUUUUUAACAUAUGUGCAGAUAAUUAGUAGAGUUAAUAUAAUAUUUUUAAGUAUUCCCAUGUUGGAUUUUGCUAAUACUUAAAUAAUACAGAUAAAAGUAACUCACAAUAAAGUAGUGAUGUUUCAAGUCAGUUUUCAACAGUGUACAUCAUAAUUUUGUUUGCUUAUAGAUUCUUCAGAAAUGUAUCUAUGUAUCUAGUUGUUUCUUUAAAAUUAAUUAUAGGUAUUCAAGGUAUGUUCAUGGCUUAUCUAUAUUCAGUUGAAGAUGUUUUCAAGCUAACCCAGUUAGCUUUCAAUUAUAUUUUCAGGAUCUGGCCAACUUUAUUUCUUACCUGGACCAUUACAGUAGCCUGUAAGCUAAUGCUGCUUAUAUUUUCAAUUUUUAAUCUUCAUUUCAUCCUGGACUCUGCUGUCAGCUUCUUAUCUAAACUAUAAUUCUAACUAUAUCACCCACUCACCACUUAAUUUCCUAUCUCAAAAUACUCUCUAGUAUCUAUAAAGUAAAUCCAAACUUGUUACCAUUAUGUAUUUGCAUGGGUUUAAAAAAUUAUUGCACCAAAAUGUUUAUUUUUAAUUCUAUUUUCCAUAAACUUUUGAAUUAUCCUUGUAUGAUUCUCUGUGAUUCUGUUCAUCCCAUGUUUUAACCAUACCAGAUUUCUCAGCAUUUCCCAAAUAUAACAGACAGGUAUCUGCCUCUGGUUUUCUUUCAUAAAUUCAACCAGCCUAUAAAAAUUAUAUUUCAACUUUGGUGGAAUUUCAUUUUUUUUUGUUUUCUAGUCACAGUUGUUUUCUUUGUGUUCCUACAGUGUUUGGCUUUAUAACACUAGAACAGCGUUUACCUUACGUUUUUAAUGUCAUGAUUCUAUCUGUGACUGCCUUUUCAAUUAGAUUGUAAGCUUUCUGGAAGAAUGUUCCUGUAAGCUCUUCUGCAGUAUGGCCUUGCUGUCCUGGGUCAACAGGUGGAGUUAUUUCCUCUCCCUUAUUCUGGGAAGGUUCUGUGAUGAUUUUGAAAGGUAGAAUACUGCAAAAGUGGCACUGCCAAUUCCAAAUUCAGUCCUUAGUAGAGCUUUGAAACACUCCCAUUUGCAAAUCUAGGUGCCAUGUGAGACAUGUGAUUACUGCAAGUUCAUGCAACAAAGGCCCAUGCCAUGUGGAGCAGUUCUGAAGAAUGUGACAUUUGAGUGAAAAAGCCGUGUUGGAAACUGAGCCUCCAGUCACAGCUUCUCAAGAUGGCAUGAAAUGCAUUAGAGACAACCAACCAGCUGAACUCAGAUUCCUUAAUGAUGAAAUUGUGAACAGAGUAAAAUAUUUGCUUUAAGCCAAAAAUAUUGGGAAAGAUCAUGAAUAAUGAAUAACCAACUACCUCUUUCUCCAUUCGCCUCUGUCCUUCCUGUGCUGCUGUGGACCAUAAUAGCCAUUCUACAAAAUCUCAGCAGCAUUAUGCAUCCCUGUGUUAAUCUCACUUCCCUGAAACCCGUUCCUGGUUGAACUCAAGGGCUUUUUUGUUCCUCGAUCAGAGCAACUAGCUGGAGAAAAUGACACAAAUGAGCAGACUUCAUUCUAAACUCAUGAGCACUAACCUUAAAUGACCCACAAGUAUUUCUUCAGUAAGUUCAUAAUUCCAUUCUAAGUUCUCCUUCACACUCCUGUCCUGCUCCUCCCUUGUAUUUGCCCCUGCUGAGGAUCUCAUCACAAGCUUCAUUGAGAAAAUCCACAGUUAUCAAAACCCCUGAUUAUGGACUGGAUUGUGCACUUGUAAUCAUGUAAGAAAGGCUAAAUGAGUCAUAAGGGUGAGGCUCUGAUACAGGAUUAGUGUCUUUAUGCCAGAGAACUGCCCUUUCCUCUCUGUGAGGACAUAGCAAGAAGGCAACCAUCUCUAAGUCAGGAGAACUGUCACCUUUAACCUGACCGUGCCGGCAGCCUGAUCUCACAUUUCCACCUCUCAACGUGUGACACAACAAGCCUCUGUUUAAGCUACCACCCAGUCUGUGAUAUUUUGUUAGGGCAGCCUUAGCUGACUAAAACACCCUUGUAAUCCAAAACAGAAUUGUUAAGAUGAUAAAUCUAUAUGCAUCAACAUGAAUAAAUCAAGUUGAGAAAGGUUUGAUAAUAGUAUACUACUUAAUUAAAAAUUUUAAAUGCAUAAAAUAAUAACUAAUCAUAUAAUAUAUGUAUGUAUUUUUUUUCCUGCAUAGUUAGAAAAUAGAUGAGACACCAUUUGGCUUAAUGGUUAAGAAACUGCUUGUGAUGUCCAUAUCAUAUCAGAUUUCCUAGGUUUGAAUCCCAGCUCCCUGAUCAUGCACUUCCUGGGAGAUAGCAGAUGAUGGUUCAAAUAAUUGUGUCUCUGACACAUCCAUGAGAGACACUGGGAUUGAGGUCCUGGCUCCUGGCUUUGCCCAUUCUCAGCUAUUACAGGCAUUUGGGGAGUGAACUGGCAAAUGAGGUAUCUCCCGUUCUCUCUCUAUCCACCCUUUCAAAUAAGUAAAAAAGUAAAAAAAAAAAAUAUAUAUAUAUGAACACUGAUUUUAGGAUAAUGAUGACCUUUGAGGAGGCAAGAAGGAGAGUUAGGAUACAGAUUUUGUUUCUUUUAAAAAGAAAAAUGAGGUAGCGGAAUAAAAAUGUUAAGAUCUAUUUAUGCACCUGGUUUAUUAACCUAUGUUUAAAAUAUUUCAAAGUUUGAAAAUUACAUAAAUUAUUAAAACAAAAUGGUAUGUUAGCCUUAUGAAAUUUAAUUCUAGGAGUCAUUAUGUACAGACUUAAUCCUUACAGUUUGUUAUGAUUCUUCUCUAUUUUAAGACCCCUUAGGAGAAAGGGUUGAAUGAAGGGAGAUUACACUUAAAUUAAUUAAUUUGAAAUCAGUGAGCUUACAUUUGAGAAGAAUUAUACCUCCCUCCCCAAAGAUGUCCACAGGCUGUGCUCCAGGAUCUGUGUCUUACCUUACAUGGCAAAAGAUAGUCUGCAGAUAUAAUUAAGAUGGGAGAGUAUGGUGCAUUGUGUGAUUAUGUGGAUGGACCCAUUGUAAGAGUCCUUAAAAGUGUAGAACCUUUUCCAGAUGCAAUGCAAGGACUCAAGAUUAUUGCAAGUUGUAAGGAUGGCAGUAGGAGAUCCCAUCUAAGGCACACGGGUAUCCUCUAAAAGCUGGAAACAACUCUCAUUUUAUAGCCAAGAAGAACUAUAACCGCAAGGAAAUGAAUGCUGCCAACAAUCUAAAUAAGCAGAAAACAGAGCCUCUCAGAAGGAACACAGUGUGCCAACACUGAUUUUGGUCUAGUGAGACUUACCCAACUUCUAACCUACAAAACAAACAUUGUUUUGUUAAGCCACUAAUUUUAUGGUAAUUGUUAAUUACAGCAGUAUGAGAGUAAUACAGGUACUUAAUCUGCGAUUCACCUUUGUUUCAUUCUCAAGUUUUUCCCCCACAUACCUUUACAGAGUACAUCCCACCUUAGCCUGUUUGAUUUACUGAAGACUCAGCUUCCUUAUUGAAAUACAAAUGUGCUGUAAUCAGAGGUUGUAAAUAUUGAAUGUCAUAUAUGCAGUUGUGCUUUGCAAACUGUAAAAGAUUAUAGAAAUUUCAACCAUUAAAAUGACUAUUUAAUUUGU